AUGAAAUCCGUCCGGACAGUAUUUCGCAUCGUUCCUGCACUCAGGAGUCUUGCGUUUUCGGGGGUCCUUCUAGAACAUACGACAUAUACGACUACAGAAUUCGGUGUUUGGCCAAGGCUCAGAGCCAACGGCCUUGCGACACAAGCGUUCCCCCUCACGGGCUUUUAUCAGCUUUUGCUCGAGCACCCACAAACGCCAUCGGAUCAUCCUGCGUACUAUCCGCCCAGUGGUAGAGGUCAUCAUAUACAGAAAGCAGCCUCAGAUCUGACACCACAAGUCGGCCAAGAGAACUAUCCGACCCGUGCUCAACUUGUAUUUGGAAGCCGUCUCGUGGGGCCUCUGCGUGUGCGCACCCAUAAUGCGGAUGAUAAAGCGCAGAUAAUAGCAGGUGUUUCAGUACCGCCAAAACCCAAAGAGCCAGACAACUGUUGUAUGAGUGGCUGCGUGAACUGUGUUUGGGAUGUCUUUCGCGAGGAUCUUGAAGAAUGGGCGGCUGCCAAUACCCGGGCGCAAAAGGCCCUUAAACGCCAAUCUGGAGGUGUUUUGCUUUCGAUGGUACCUGGGGGUAGGGCUGCCAGUUUGGGAAGCGUCGUGAACGGAGAGUUUCACAAAGAUAACAAUCAGAGUGAAGGUCGGGACGUCAUCGCUGGACCGAGUCUGUGGGAGGGUUUAGAUGAUAUUCCGAUUGGUAUACGAGUCUUUAUGGAUACUGAGAAGGCUAUCAAGUCUAGGAAUUCUCAAAAGAGCAAAGCUUCAAGUGCCUUUCAUGUCGAUUCGAAUCGCGACAUCGUCAUUGAAACCGAAUGUUACGAGAAGCUGACCUGCGUCACCGCCGCAGCGUUGCCACUACAGCCUUUAGUGAUGGUCGUGAUAUUUAACUUCAUGAAUGAAUAUGAACCUGCCCAAAGGCAUGCGUUUAAGCAUGGCUUAGUGGAUCUCGUGACCAAAAUACUCCACGAAGAAGAUAAAAAACAGCUUCUUGUCAUAGAGUAUGCCCUCCGGUGCCUAGAACUGGUUCUCCAAUCAGAUAUACCUCUUGGUGACAAAGCUAGCGGGCUUAUUACUUUGCUACUUGACUGGGCGACCUAUCCAACCAUCCAGUUUGAUAUUUUCUACAUCAUCUUAAGCUGUCUGCUUGCAUUGCACAAAGAAGAGUAUACCGAGGCAUUCAACUCGGAUCCCAGCCCAAUUUUAAAUUACAUCAAGUUGAUGGCGAGAUUGCAAUAUUGGGAGGAUCAGUUAUCUAAUAAUCCGGAGCUCCCGGAUGAGAUCGAUAAAGAAGACGUGACACGACUUAUUCGCAGUUCCCGAAGCUCCACCAUUACCACCGUAUCCGAAAUAUCUGCGUCCGAAUCGUUUCAGGAUCAAUUCCCUGCCGGAUCAGCAUUUUUAAAUUCAAUAGUUCAGUUGCUUGCUUCGAGUGACUCAAACCUUCUGACAUGCGCAGCCUUGAUCCUAGGCAACAUGGCAAGAGACGCUGAAACCUGCAAUGUGCUGGUACGCGAAUAUCAGCCACACCUAUCUCUGGUGAACGUUCUGAAGGAACAAACCCAGAUUGGCGUGCUACAUGCAGUAGGUGGUGCUCUAAAAAAUCUCGUCAUUGGUUCCCCAGCUAUCCGGGAGUCAGUCAUUCAGGCAGGGAUUCUUCAAUGCUGCCAUAAAUUUUAUCUUGCUUCCGUGAUGGUGGAAGUACAACAUAUGGGGCUUAGUUUGAUUCGAAUAUUGGUAGCCGCAUCACCUGGAAAUGCGGAAUGUCUGUUUCUACCGCUUGAAUACGACGCUAGCUUAUCUGCGAUAGAACAUAUACUUCAAUUAUACACCAAAAAUACAGAAGUCCCAAUCAGGAUGGAGAUUGGUCGAAUAGUAGUAUCGAUUUUAAGGGAAGCGGCAAAGCUGCCCUCUGCUCACCCGACUAGGAUUUCCCUUCAACACAAAAUUAGUGAUAUGUCUCCUCUCAUUCUCGAGCCGGUGAUUGAUAUGUUAAUCCAAGACAAAUGGCCAGUGAUAGCUUCCGAGGGCUGGUUUGCACUGGCUUUGUGUGUUCAAACUCCGAGAGGGGCGAGCGCUGUAGCGGAUCUUACACUCCCGGAGAGAUUUUUCCAAGUCCUUAGACAAGCCAUCUAUCAAAAGAGUGACAGAUCAAAUUUCCCAGAGCUCACGCCGCCAGAAAAAUCACGCCCAGGUCCUGAGCGUCUCGAUUCAAAUGCAAGCAUGCAAUCUCAGAAAGACAGGGAAAAUGUGUUCAUUUUUCUAUCAGGAUUCCUCAAGCAUAAUACAUUUGAAGCACCACGAAAUUAUACAACACUGUUUCAGCAGUUCCUCGACGGCCAGGAAGUCACUGAUGCUUUAAUCAAAGAGACAUUGGGCGUAAAUUAA